GCUACGUUGCCGUGCAUUUAGAAAUUCCUCAAAUUUGACCUCACGGUUAGUUCAUUUGAAACACGAAUAGAGCCAUCCCCAUCACCGCUUAGUUUUGCAUGACUUCAGGAUCUUCUCUCAGAACGCUUAACAGUCAAUAUGCCAAGGCGGCCGGAUUACUAUAAAAUUCUGGGUGUAUCUCCCGACGCCACUCAUCAACAAAUUCGAACUGCAUACAAAAGAGAAUCUUUGAAAUCCCAUCCCGACCGAGUGCCUGCCGAUUCACCAGAGCGACCCGCUCGUACUCGGAGAUUCCAAGAGAUCAAUGAUGCUUAUUAUACUCUUUCUGACCAGACACGUCGGCGAGAAUAUGACGCCCUAAGAGCAGCAGAAGCGUACGAAGAGCCAGCGGAGGAAGCGCCUCGGGGCGCUGGCGGCUUCCCAUGGUCUGCCUUUGGAUUUGGCACCACCACAGAUAGCGAGCAACGAGCCUCCGAGCAAUUUGGGUCUGUCUUCGAGGAGAUGUUACGGGAGGAAGGACUUGCCGAGGAUACCGAUGCCGAUGGCCAACGUCGUACCAGGCCUACAUCACGCUUUUGGUCUGUUGUGGGCGGCAUCAGCGGCGGUGCUUUAGGAUUUAUCGUUGCCAAUACUCCCGGUGCUUUGGCUGGUGCCGUUGCAGGGAAUCGCCUUGGUGCUGUCCGAGACGCAAAAGGCAAGAGUGUCUACGAGGUUUUCCUCGAACUUCCGCAGUCUGAAAGAGCCCGACUACUCAGCGAAUUGGCAGCCAAGGUCUUCCAGACUACUCUGGGUCGCUAGGCGAUUUGCGCCACACUGGCUAGUUUAUGUGGUGUUUAUAUGGCUUCGUUUUUUGGAAUAUUUGGAGGAUUUGGGAAUCGAGCUUAACGCUAAUAUGUAAUAUCUGCCAUUAGUCCCUUUGACAUGAAAGAUACUCCCAGCCUACCGCACUAUCUAUUUUCACGCUCAGUCACGAGGACCGCCACGGAAAAGCGAGGCAUCUGGCGGUGAUCCACAAGCCGUGUAGUUUCAUUUUUCCCUCUUUUGGGGUUUCGCGGUCGGUCAUAUUCAUUGAUGUGCAAUCUACUUCAGGGCUGUUUAUUUUCUAUAAUUGGCCGAUCAAUAAUACAAGCAUAUGGAAUGUUCCUC